CAGGGCGGCACCAUCAAACACUCCAUCAACCUCCCCGCACAGACGCUCCACCCCUCGCUCGCGACGGUGUACAACCUGUGCACCUCCUCCCAAAUCCCGCUGGUGAUUUUCUACUGCGGGAGCUCGCGCGGCCGCGGGAGCAGGGCCGCGGGCUGGCUGGCCGAUUACAUCGCAGACGCAAACGAGAAAGCGCGACCGACAGGGCCAGUACUCGAGAGUGUGAUUCUCAAGGGCGGGAUUAAGGGGUGGGUGAAUGGUGGGGAGGAAUAUACGCGGUGGAUGGACGGGUUUGAGGAGGAGGUGUGGAAGAAAGGAGAC